ACGGGGAGGGCGGGAGCGAGCGGAGCCCGCAGCGAGCAGCGACCGGGCCGCCGCCGCCUCCGCCUGCGCAGCGCCCGCACCGAGCCCGGAGCGCCAUGGCGGCCGCGGCCGCCGAGCCCAGCACCGGCCGCUACCAGCAGCUGCAGAAUGAAGAGGAGCCAGGUGAGACUGCACCGGUGGUGAGCGAUGCCCCUCCGCCCUACAGCAGCAUUUCUGCAGAGAACACAGCUUAUUUUGACUACAAGGAUGAGUCAGGAUUCCCGAAGCCGCCAUCGUACAACGUGGCCACCACACUGCCCACUUACGACGAGGCAGAGAGAACCAAGGCUGAGGCCACCAUUCCCUUGGUUCCUGGGAGGGAUGAUGACUUUGUGACACGGGAUGACUUUGAUGACACUGACCAGCUGAGGAUAGGAAAUGAUGGCAUUUUCAUGCUCACCUUCUUCAUGGCAUUCCUCUUCAACUGGAUUGGAUUUUUCUUGUCUUUCUGUCUGACUACUUCAGCUGCAGGACGAUAUGGGGCCAUUUCUGGGUUUGGUCUGUCUCUUAUUAAGUGGAUCCUUAUUGUCAGGUUCUCCACCUAUUUUCCCGGUUACUUUGAUGGUCAGUAUUGGCUUUGGUGGGUCUUCCUUGUACUAGGUUUUCUGCUGUUUCUCAGAGGAUUUAUUAAUUAUGCAAAGGUUAGGAAGAUGCCAGACACUUUUUCCACUCUCCCCAGAACCAGAGUUCUCUUUAUUUACUAAAGAUGUUUUCUGGCAAAUGUCUUCCUGCAUUAGUGAAUUCCCCCCCAAGAAGCAGCAGGACACCUGCAGGAAGUGAAUCAAGGCUCUGGAGCAGAAGAAAAAAUAAUCACCUGCUUUAAAAUAAAUAAAUAAAAGUACUGUUGGAAAAAGAAAAAAGGAGAAGCAUUUCUUUCUAUUUGUUUUUAGGUGUACAAUUUUAAUAAUUAACGCAGAAUUCUGUAAUUGUUGAAUCAUUAGUGGCUAAUGUUUGAAACAGCUAUUGCAGUCGAGUCUGUGACGUGCUAAUAAAGCCUUACAGCGAUAGUUUGUUGUGAUUUGGUAGCAUGAGCCGUCCCCGGAGCCAGCAGGGGCCAGGCUUGCUUUAUUUCCUCCUCCAGCCUGGGAGCUGCUUGGGCUCUGUGUGUGCUGUACAGCCCGUGUGUGCCGUGUGCCACAUCCUGUACAGCCUGUGGAACACCAUGUCCUGUACAGCCUGUGGAACACCAUGUCCUGCACAGCCUGUGUGAGUCUCUUAUACAACCUGUGUAACAUCACGUCCUGUACAGCCCUUGUACACCGUGUCCUGUACAGGCUGUGUCACACCGUGUCCUUUACAGCCCAUGUACAGUGUCCUGUGUAACACUGUGUCCUGUACAAUCCAGUUGUGCCACAGCCUGUUCAGCCCGUGUGUACCAUGUCCUGUACAGCCCGUGUGCUCUGUGUCCUGUACAGCCCACAUGUGCCAUGUGCUGUACAGCCUGUGUGCACUGUAUCCUCUUCAGCCCGUGUACACCAUGUCCUGUACAGCCCGUGUGCUCUGUGUCCUGUACAGCCCACAUGUGCCAUGUCCUGUACAGCCCCUGUGCUCUGUGUCCUGUACAGCCAGCGUAACACCAUGUCCUGUACAGGCCUGUACAGCCCAUGUGUGCCAUGUCCUGUACAACCCACGUAAGGCCAUGUCCUGUACAGCCCACGUACACUGUGUCCUGUACAUCCUCUGUACACAGUGUCCUGUACAGCCCACAUAACACCAUGUGCUGUACAGCCCGUGUAACACCACAUCCUGUACAGCCUGUGUGCGCAGUGUCCUGUCCAGUCCGUGUACCCUGCAUACACCCUGUCCUGUCCAGCCCGUGUACACCAUGUCUGUACAGCCCCCACACACCAGGUCCUGUCCAGCCCGCAUCCACCAUGUCCUGUCCUGUCCUGUCCAGCCGUGCGCGCCGGCGGCGAAGGGAUGAUCUCAAAAGCUGAAGCGACAGCACCACGGUGGCUGCACACCUGCCAUCCAGCAGCACCUGUGCUGCCUGUGGAGGAAAAGGCGUCGCUGUGGUCCAGGUUCCAAGGUGUCAGAGGAGGGAGGAUUACUUAGAGGUGGCACAAGUAUUAAUUUUUAACAGUGUAUAUUCUCGGUGUUGUCCUAAACUUUCCUUUCGCACUACCUACUUUUUUGGGCUCUCUGGGGGUUUUCAUGGAACACUUCGGUAGUGUAAAACUGAAAGAUCACAUUGCAACUUUGUAUAAAAAAUUAUCUUGCAAAACAAAGGCCUUUUUUUUCCUUUGGCUUGGGACUUUUGAGACAAUUCCUAACAUACCUGUAAUUCCUGCUUUUAUAAUUUGUGUUAGCAGAGACUGAUGCGUCCGAAAUGUAGAUUUAAUGUGCACUCCUGUGCUUUCUGCCAAGUGGUAACUCACUUUGGAAUUUUACUAUGUUCAACCUGUAAAUACAGCAGAACGUUAAUAAAUGUCACUUCUGUAGCAA